CCCCCUGUGGGAGGAGAAUUAACAUCUGACUACUUUCUCUCCUCACAGCCAAUGAGAUAUGACUUCAGGAAGUGUUAACGUUUGGUGCUCAUGAUGUCUGGCAUCAAAGGAUACAAGUGUGCAUUUGUGCUACGAAGGCUGAUUCUCUGGGUUUUAUUGACCAACAUCAUCCUGGUGCUGUACUGCAUGAUGACCUCAAGCCAAGGAGAGAAUAGGGCCUCCCAACAAGACACGUGUCCUCUCAGUGGGGCGAACUUGUUGAAGAAAAAUGUGAGCACCCCUCUUCAAAGCACAAAGUCAGAAGAGUGCUCCCCCAAAGUAAACAUAAUGUUCAUGAAGACCCAUAAAACUGCCAGCAGCACCAUACUCAACAUCCUCUUCAGAUUUGGAGAAAAGCACAAGCUUAAAUUUGCCCUCCCAGAUGGGCGCAACGACUUCUUCUACCCAUCACCUUUCCUGUGCUCCCAGGUGAAGGACUACAAACCCGGAGACUGUUUCAAUAUUGUUUGUAACCACAUGCGCUUUGACCAUCGAGAGGUUUCCAAGCUCCUGCCUCCGGAUGCUGAGUACAUCACCAUCUUGCGCGACCCAGUGGAUCUCUUUGAGUCGUCCUUCAAUUAUUACCACAGAGCAGUUCCUCUCACGUGGAGGAUCAACGGAGAGAACAAACUGGAAGAGUUUCUAAACAACCCCCAAGCCUUCUACAGCACGGACGCUUACAACUCGUUCUACCUUAAAAAUAUGCUCUUUUUCGACUUUGGUUUUGAGAACAACCUAGAAGCUGAUGAUCCUCGUGUAAUGAGGGAUAUUCAUAACUUAUCGGAACGUUUUGAUCUGGUUCUCUUAGCAGAAUAUUUCGAGGAGUCUCUUAUCCUGCUUAAGGACAUGCUGUGUUGGACCACCGAAGACAUCCUGUAUUUUAAACUCAAUGCUCGCAGGAGCUCGUCCGUAUCUCAUCUGACCCCUGAGUUGAGAGCCAAAGCUUUACAGUGGAACGGGGCCGACUGGAGACUCUACCAGCACUUUAAUGCUACCUUCUGGCUCAGAGUGGAGGCGUAUGGGAGGGACAAAAUGAAACAGGAGGUCAAUGAACUGAGGAGGAGAAAUUCUGAGAUGAAGGCCAUCUGUAUAGAGGAUGGAGGUGCAGUUGAGGCCCAAAAGAUUCAAGACAAACAUUUCCUGCCCUGGCAGCCGGUUGGAGAGUCGUCCAUCCUGGGUUACAACAUGAAGAAAAAUAUUGAUUUGAAAUUUAGGACAAUCUGUGAGAAAAUGCUCACACCUGAAAUACAAUACUUGUCAGACCUGGGCGUAAAUCUGUGGCUUACUAGACUAUGGGGUUGGUUAAAAGAUGCUGUUUUUACUGUUUGA